AUGUCUUUUAUGAGUGGUGCAGACUGUGGGCCUGUCAAUCCUAUGUCAGGAUUAUUAAAGCAAUUAGGUCAAGAUAGAUCACUUCAACAAGAUCGUUUUGGACCAGAACAACAAGGCGAAAGUUCGAAGGCUGGAUUUAGAACAAGACAGACUAUGAAAGCGCCUAUGCAAGGAUCACAGAUGGCAGAUGAGUUCUUUCGUGAUGAAAUGAACAUGGACAGACCAGCAACCAACGUAUUUCAGUUCAAUGGUCUUCAUCAUGAAUUAGAUAGAAUUCAACCUGAUUGGACUCAGGAUUUCAUGCAACAUCAGCAACCCGCACAUCAUUCCAUGAAUGAGUUUGAAAAGAUCUAUCAGCAGCAUCAACGACCAGCAGGUCCAGUGGAUUGGCAUAAGGAUUUUGAGGCAUUCGAAGGAAACCAAGUACUUCAUGCACAAGAACGAGAAGCGUUUGAAAAAGCAUUUGAUCAAGCAAGACAAGGAACACCUCAAGCAGUGAAUUGGGAACAAGAAUUUACAGCACAAGAAUCAUCCUGGGCAACUGAAUUUGAAGCCCAAGAGGAAAAGACAGUGAUGGCCAGUACAGACAAUGAAGCAUUAGCCAAGACAGCAGGCAUGUUGUUGGAUUCUGUGGAUAUAGAAAACAACCCUAAAUUUAAACAAUCUCAAUUCAUGCAUUUGAUGCGUCAAUUACGAGACAGCGAAGUGGCUAUUCAAGGCGAUAGAAUGGUCGAGACAAAAUCAGGCCAUGAUUGGGCUUCUGAUUUCCAGAAAGACAAAGAAGGCGACUGGACCACUGAAUUCACACAACAUGCUGGCAGUAAAGGUAAUAUGUGGUCAACCGAGUUUGCUACCAAACUAGAAAGAGGCUGGACAGACGAAUUCCAUCAACAACAUAAACAACAUCAACAGCCGGGUGAAUGGUCGGCUGAAUUCAACAAGUAUCCCGCAGAUAUGCAGACGUUGUUUACAAAAGCAGCCGAUAAAGAAGACUGGGUAGAACAGUACAAUAAGAACAUUGCCCAUCUCAAAAAUGCUCAAGACCAUGCUUGGGAUGCCAUGCAGAAGGAUUGGGAACAAUUUCGACCUGAACAAGGUAUGGGUUAUCGUGCCACGAAUCCUGAAUACAACACGUACCAUUUCUCAACGCAGAAUCCCUACCUGUUACAACCCGAAUUGAUUGAUCAGGGUAUACACAGCGAUCAUUUAGCAGAUGCUAUCUUGGCUUUAGAGGCCAAGACACAGUUACAAACAUCCGAUGCCAAUGCUUGGAAGACACUGGGUCUGCGUCAACAAGAAAACGAGCGUGAUGGUGCUGCCAUUGCUGCACUCAGACAAGCACUGACCAUGAACCCAGGCUUAUUGGACGGCUGGCUUGCCUUGGCUGUCAGUUAUACAAACGAAAAUUGCCGGGCAGAUGCUUAUGAUGCAUUAGAGCAAUGGAUAGCCAAUCAUGAUCGAUACAGACACCUUGCAACAGGCAAAGACAAGAUGGGACCUGAAGGCCGUCAUGGCUAUAUUACCAACAUGUUUCUUGAAGCAGCCCGUAGUUCUCCUGGUGAAGAAAUGGAUGCUGAUGUACAAGUGGGUCUGGGUGUUUUGUUCAAUGUAUCUGAAGAGUAUGACAAGGCAAUUGAUUGCUUUAAAGCAGCAUUGACCAGUAAACCUCAAGACUAUUUACUAUGGAAUAAGUUGGGUGCUACUUUGGCUAAUUCUCGUAAUGCAGCAGGUGCCAUUGAUGCUUAUUUUACUGCUUUAGAAAUCAGCCCUACCUACGUCCGUGCACGAUACAAUCUGGCCAUUAGCUGUAUUAACCUAGGACAACAACGUGAAGCAGCAGAACAUUUACUGACUGCCUUGGCUCUUCAGAAAUCAAAUGAUGGUAGUAAUGGAGCAGGUGGCUCUGUGAUGAUUGAUGAACACGGCCAACAUAUACCUGUUCCUGGUGGUAUGAGUGAUAAUAUUUGGUCCAGUCUGCGUAUGUUAAUGUCAAGAGAAGAUUUAGCAAGAGAAUGUGAUCAGCAUAACUUGAAUGCCUUUCGAUCUGAGUUUGAAUUCUAA